CCUUUUCCUUCUGCAGUGCUCGCGCACGCUCCGUUGUCUAACUGAGACAAGUAGGUUAGUGUGCAUCUCUUCAACGCCGACAUCUCCAGAAAAAGAGCAAAAUGCGUGAGUGUAUCUCCAUCCACGUGGGCCAGGCUGGUGUCCAGAUUGGUAAUGCCUGCUGGGAGCUGUACUGCCUUGAGCACGGCAUUCAGCCGGAUGGACAGAUGCCUAGUGACAAGACCAUUGGUGGAGGUGAUGACUCCUUCAACACCUUUUUCAGUGAGACAGGCGCUGGCAAGCAUGUACCCAGGGCAGUGUUUGUGGAUCUGGAGCCUACUGUAAUUGAUGAGGUCCGCACUGGCACUUACCGUCAGCUAUUUCACCCUGAGCAGCUAAUCACUGGAAAGGAAGAUGCUGCCAACAACUACGCACGUGGGCAUUACACCAUCGGCAAAGAAAUCAUUGACCUGGUUCUUGACAGGAUCCGCAAACUGGCUGAUCAGUGCACUGGUCUCCAGGGCUUCCUGGUCUUCCACAGCUUUGGAGGUGGAACUGGAUCUGGUUUCACUUCCUUGCUGAUGGAGCGUCUAUCUGUUGAUUAUGGGAAGAAGUCAAAGCUUGAAUUCUCCAUCUACCCAGCUCCUCAGGUGUCCACCGCUGUGGUGGAGCCCUACAACUCUAUCCUGACAACCCACACCACCCUUGAGCACUCGGACUGUGCUUUCAUGGUCGAUAAUGAAGCCAUCUACGACAUUUGCCGUAGGAACCUCGAUAUCGAGCGUCCUACCUAUACGAACCUUAACAGGCUGAUCGGCCAGAUUGUAUCCUCCAUCACAGCCUCUCUCCGAUUUGAUGGUGCCCUGAAUGUUGAUUUGACCGAGUUCCAGACCAACUUGGUUCCCUACCCUCGUAUCCACUUCCCACUGGCCACAUAUGCUCCAGUAAUCUCAGCUGAGAAGGCUUACCAUGAGCAGCUCUCAGUGGCUGAAAUCACUAAUGCUUGCUUUGAGCCAUCUAAUCAGAUGGUGAAAUGUGACCCACGUCAUGGCAAGUACAUGGCUUGCUGCUUGCUGUACCGUGGUGACGUUGUACCAAAAGACGUCAAUGCUGCCAUUGCCACCAUUAAGACCAAGCGUACCAUCCAGUUUGUGGACUGGUGCCCAACUGGUUUCAAGGUCGGUAUCAACUACCAGCCUCCAACAGUGGUGCCUGGUGGUGACCUAGCCAAGGUGCAGAGAGCUGUGUGCAUGCUUAGCAACACCACAGCCAUUGCAGAGGCUUGGGCCAGGCUGGACCACAAGUUUGAUUUAAUGUAUGCCAAGCGUGCCUUUGUGCACUGGUAUGUAGGAGAGGGUAUGGAGGAGGGAGAGUUCUCUGAGGCCAGAGAAGAUAUGGCUGCCCUGGAGAAGGAUUAUGAGGAGGUUGGUGUUGAUUCUAUUGAGGGAGAAGGAGAGGAGGAAGGAGAAGAGUAUUAGAUUUCAAAAAUUGCUAAAAUUUGCCUCUCCAUUUUAGAAAUGACUGAGUAUACUUCAGUUUGACUGCUUCUAGCAUGAUGAUGAAGUAGCAGAUCAGGUGUCACCAGAACAGCUCACGUUAGGGUCAGUGUACUCCAGAAAUCUUUACACAAGUUAUUGUUAUUACUCCACUUUUGUGUAAAACUCCAGUUUUUGGUAUGAAAGCUAAAUAAAUCCUUCAAAAUA